GGGUCCCUGGGGCCUCUGGAUCUCAGUAGCUCCGCACUGGGCACCGCACGCUAAAGCCUGUGACCCGCUCUCGCAGUGGCUCCUCCCAGGGCCCGGGAGGAAGGAGGCCAGGCUAGGAACCACUGUCCCAUUUUGCAGACAAAAAACAAUGAGUCAGAGCUGAGGAAGGAUAUUAAGAAGCGAUAAGUCAUGGAUACACCUGCACGCAAAGAAAAAUCCAAAGUUAAAGAACCUGCCAGCAGAGUUGAGAAGGCUAAGCAGAAAUCAGCCCAGCAGGAACUGAAGCAAAGACAAAGAGCAGAGAUCUAUGCCCUCAACAGAGUCAUGACAGAACUGGAGCAACAGCAGUUUGAUGAAUUCUGUAAACAGAUGCAGCCCCCAGGAGAGUGAGCCACCAGCAUUCAAAUGAUAUAGAAUCCUGAUGGUUUUGUGAGCUCUUUUAACAGUUUUAAACUGUUUGACCCAUUUGGUAACCUUACAGAACUAGACAAGAAGGCAUUUGUGUUAUUCCUAAAACUGGAAAAAUCUAAACUUAUAUGUAACUUCUGCUUCACUGGUUCCUUUGAUCUGAAUUGGCCCAGUACUUGCUGAAGAGAUUUGUUCUGUUUAUCUAAGAAAAUAGAUGUUCUCUCUCUCUCUCUCUUUUUUUUUUUUUUGCUUUUUUAUCAUUUGAGAAAAAUCAGUGUUUCUUGUGAAACUGUAAAUCUCCAAAAACACAAAUUAAAUACUAAUAAAAUG